GCCAGGCACUUCCGGAGCUGCUUCCCAGCCCGCAGACCCACCCGCGAUCGGGGACGUGGGGGGCCCUCGGGGGCCGAACUGGGGCGCCCCGAGCCUGGCUUUAACAAAGGGUCUGGAGCUGGAUGCAUGAGGGGCCGGCAGAGGCGCAAGAAGCAGUGGUGAUGGUCUGGGAAGCGGAGCUCAAGUGCCCUGGGCUUUGGUGAGGCGUUGACAGUUUAUCAUGACUGUGUUCAAGCAGGAAAACGUGGAUGAUUACUACGAUACCGGCGAGGAACUUGGCAGCGGGCAGUUCGCAGUUGUGAAGAAAUGCCGGGAGAAAAGCACUGGUCUCCAGUAUGCGGCCAAGUUCAUCAAGAAAAGGAGGACCAAAUCCAGCCGCCGGGGUGUGAGCCGUGAGGACAUCGAGCGGGAGGUCAGCAUCCUGAAGGAGAUCCAGCACCCCAAUGUCAUCACCCUGCACGAGGUCUACGAGAACAAGACCGAUGUCAUUCUGAUUCUGGAGCUCGUUGCAGGUGGUGAGCUGUUUGACUUCCUAGCUGAGAAGGAAUCUUUGACUGAAGAGGAAGCAACUGAAUUUCUCAAACAGAUUCUUAAUGGUGUUUACUACCUCCACUCCCUUCAGAUCGCCCACUUCGACCUUAAGCCUGAGAACAUAAUGCUUUUGGAUAGAAAUGUUCCCAGACCCCGGAUCAAGAUCAUUGACUUUGGCUUGGCCCAUAAAAUUGACUUUGGAAAUGAAUUCAAAAACAUAUUCGGGACACCAGAGUUUGUGGCUCCUGAGAUAGUCAACUAUGAACCCCUUGGUCUGGAGGCGGACAUGUGGAGUAUUGGAGUGAUAACCUAUAUUCUCCUAAGUGGGGCUUCCCCAUUUCUUGGAGACACUAAACAGGAGACAUUAGCAAAUGUAUCUGCUGUCAACUACGAAUUUGAGGAAGAAUUCUUCAGUAAUACCAGUGUCCUUGCCAAAGAUUUCAUCAGAAGACUACUGGUUAAGGAUCCAAAGAAGAGAAUGACAAUUCAAGAUAGUUUGCAGCACCCCUGGAUCAAGCCUAAAGAUACACAACAAGCACUUAGUCGAAAAGCUUCAGCAGUAAACAUGGAGAAAUUUAAGAAGUUUGCAGCUCGGAAAAAAUGGAAACAAUCUGUUCGCUUGAUAUCACUGUGCCAAAGAUUAUCCAGGUCGUUCUUGUCCAGAAGUAACAUGAGUGUGGCCAGAAGCGAUGAUACUCUGGAUGAGGAAGACUCCUUCGUGAUGAAAGCCAUCAUCCAUGCCAUCAAUGAUGACAACGUCCCAGGCCUGCAGCACCUUCUGGGCUCCUUGUCCAACUAUGAUGUGAACCAACCCAACAAGCAUGGAACACCUCCGUUACUGAUUGCUGCUGGCUGUGGGAAUAUCCAGAUACUACAGUUACUCAUAAAAAGAGGCUCAAGAAUUGAUGUCCAGGAUAAGGGAGGAUCCAAUGCCAUCUAUUGGGCCUCACGGCAUGGCCACGUGGACACUUUGAAAUUCCUCAAUGAGAACAAAUGCCCUUUCGAUGUUAAAGACAAGUCUGGAGAGACAGCCCUUCAUGUGGCAGCUCGCUAUGGCCAUGCGGACGUGGUUCAGCUCCUGUGUAGCUUUGGUUCGAAUCCCAAUUUCCAGGACAAGGAAGAAGAAACCCCACUGCACUGUGCUGCCUGGCAUGGCUAUUACUCUGUGGCCAAAGCCCUUUGUGAAGUUGGCUGUAAUGUGAACAUCAAGAAUCGUGAGGGAGAGACCCCCCUGCUGACAGCGUCCGCCAGGGGCUACCAUGACAUUGUGGAGUGUCUGGCUGAACACGGAGCUGACCUUAAUGCCUGUGACAAGGAUGGACACAUUGCUCUUCAUCUUGCUGUGAGGCGUUGUCAGAUGGAGGUCAUCAAGACCCUCCUUAGCUAUGGGUGUUUCGUGGAUUUCCAGGACAGGCAUGGCAACACACCCCUGCAUGUGGCCUGCAAAGAUGGCAGCACACCUAUCGUGAUGGCCCUCUGUGAAGCUAGCUGCAAUUUGGACAUUUCAAACAAGUAUGGACGAACUCCUCUCCACCUUGCAGCCAACAAUGGGAUCCUGGAUGUGGUCCGCUACCUCUGUCUGAUGGGUGCCAAUGUGGAGGCCCUGACCUCGGAUGGCAAGACGGCAGAGGACCUUGCCAAGUCAGAGCAGCACGAGCAUGUGGCAGGACUCCUGGCAAGACUCCGAAAGGACACACACCGAGGACUCUUCAUCCAGCAGCUCCGACCCACACAGAACCUCCAGCCAAGAAUCAAGCUCAAGCUGUUUGGCCACUCGGGGUCCGGGAAAUCCACUCUGGUGGAAUCUCUCAAGUGUGGGCUGCUCCGGAGCUUUUUCCGAAGACGCAGGCCCAGACUCUCCUCUACCAACUCCACCCGGUUCCCACCAUCACCGCUGGCUGCAAAGCCUACAGUCUCCGUGAGCAUUAACAACCUGUACCCUGGCUGUGAGAAUGUGAGCGUGAGGAGCCGGAGCAUGAUGUUCGAGCCAGGCCUCACCAAAGGGAUGCUGGAGGUGUUUGUGGCGCCAUCCCACCACCUGCACUGCUCAGCUGAUGACCAGUCCACCAAAGCCAUCGACAUCCAGAAUGCUUAUUUGAAUGGAGUUGGCGACUUCAGUGUGUGGGAGUUCUCCGGAAACCCCGUGUACUUCUGCUGCUAUGACUACUUUGCUGCCAAUGACCCCACAUCCAUUCAUGUCAUCGUCUUCAGCCUGGAAGAGCCCUAUGAGAUCCAGCUAAACCAAGUGAUUUUCUGGCUCAGUUUCCUGAAGUCUCUGGUCCCGGUUGAGGAGCCCAUAGCAUUCGGCGGCAAGCUGAAGAACCCACUUCGAGUUGUCCUGGUGGCCACCCAUGCUGACAUCAUGAAUAUCCCUCGACCUGCUGGAGGCGAGUUUGGAUACGACAAGGACACUUCCUUGCUGAAAGAGAUCAGGAACAGGUUCGGGAAUGAUCUUCACGUCUCAAAUAAGCUCUUUGUGCUGGAUGCAGGAGCUUCUGGGUCUAAGGACAUUAAGGUCCUUCGGAAUCACCUGCAAGAAAUUCGGAGUCAGAUCAUCUCUGGCUGCCCUCCCAUGACUCACCUAUGUGAGAAAAUCAUCUCCACGCUGCCUUCCUGGCGGAAGCUCAAUGGGCCAAACCAGCUGAUGUCACUGCAACAGUUCAUGUACGAUGUGCAGGACCAACUGAACCCCCUGGCCUCUGAGGAUGACCUCAGGCGCAUCGCACAGCAGCUGCACAGCACGGGCGAGAUCAACAUCAUGCAGAGUGAAACUGUGCAGGAUGUCCUGCUCCUGGACCCUCGAUGGCUUUGCACCAGCGUCCUGGGGAAGCUGCUGUCUGUGGAGACGCCCCGGGCCUUGCAUCAUUACCGUGGCCGCUACACCAUGGAGGACAUCCAGCGCCUGGUCCCCGACAGUGAUGUGGAGGAACUGUUGCAGAUCCUGGACGCCAUGGACAUCUGUGCCCGAGACAUGAGCAGUGGGACCAUGGUAGACGUUCCUGCUCUUAUCAAGACAGAUAGCCUGCAGCGUUCCUGGGCUGAUGAAGAGGAUGAGGUGAUGGUGUAUGGUGGUGUGCGCAUCGUCCCUGUUGAGCAUAUAACCCCCUUCCCAUGUGGCAUCUUUCACAAAGUUCAGGUGAACCUGUGCAGGUGGAUCCACCAGCAGAGUGCCGAGGGCGAUGCAGACAUCCGCCUGUGGGUGAGUGGCUGCAGGAUCACCAACCGUGGGGCUGAGCUGCUGGUGCUGCUGGUCAACCACGGCCAGGGUAUAGAGGUGCAGGUGCGUGGACUGGAGACAGAGAAGAUCAAAUGCUACCUGCUGCUGGACUCGGUGUGCAGCACCAUUGAGAAUGUCAUGGCCAGUACCUUGCCGGGGCUGCUAACGGUGAAGCACUACCUGAGCCCCCAGCAGCUGCGGGAGCACCACGAGCCACUCAUGGUCUACCAGCCACGGGACUUCUUCCGGGCACAGACCCUGAAGGAGAGUGCCCUGACCAACACCAUGGGAGGGUACAAGGAGAGCUUCAGCAGUAUCAUCUGCUUCGGGUGUCAUGAUGUCUACUCGCAGGCCAGUCUCGGCAUGGACAUCCAUGCAUCAGACCUGAACCUCCUGACUCGGAGGAAACUCAGUCGCCUGCUUGACCCACCUGACCCCAUGGGGAAGGACUGGUGCCUUCUUGCCAUGAACUUAGGCCUCCCAGAUCUGGUGGCCAAGUACAAUACCAACACCAGGGCUCCCAGGGAUUUUCUUCCCAGCCCGGUGCAUGCCUUGCUACAGGAAUGGACCUCCUACCCCGAGAGCACAGUGGGCAUCCUCAUAUCUAAACUGCGGGAGCUCGGGCGCCGGGAUGCUGCUGACUUUUUACUGAAGGCCUCCUCUGUAUUCAAGAUCAACCUCGAAGGCAACGGCCAGGAGGCCUAUGCCUCAAGCUGCAACAGUGGCACGUCUUACAAUUCCAUUAGCUCGGUGGUGUCCCGGAGAAACUCCCAUGCUUGGACCUCACUGUAUGAUUUAUAAACAGACAGUAUGUGAGUGCCUUUUGCAGAAGAGGGUGUGUUGAAAGCAUCUGAGUCAGCCCGGAGCUGUCACCAAGGAAACGCUACCUCUCUGUCCCUUGCUGUAUGCUGAUCAUCGCCAGAGGUGCUUCACCCUGAGUUUUUCUUUUUCUUUUUCUUUCUUUUUUUUUUUGGUGGGGAGGGGCACAUUCUGUGUUUUAUGUGGCAAGGAAAGGGGAGAAAGGAGAGGACUCCCCCAGGGUGUUUCAUGGCCAGUGUUGCUGUAAAAAGACGUUUUAUGUUGCUUUUGUUAAAGCAUCUGUGUGAGCAUUUGUACAAAAUCCAGACUGUCCUGCUUCCUCACUCCCUCUCAUCUCAGGUAGAAGGUGACACAGUGUAGGGUCGGGAGACCUGUGUAAGAAUUCAGAAGACCCCGACUUUUAACCCGGGGCAGUCCGUUGGUGGUGGUGCAUAGCAGAUGGUUUCGACAGUUAGAUUCUGGUUUGGUCACUUCUUGUGCUUGAAGUCCAGAAACAAGAAAAUAGAGGAAGCAAGUUUCCUUGCAGUGAUUUGAAAUUGUGAUAGAAUUUUAAAUUGAUAUGAGGGAAUGUGUCCUAAUUCUUCUGUCCUGAGAGCAUGUAAUGUUAACGUUUUAUCAUCUGUACAUAUAUAUAUGCACUAUGUAUAUACAUAUAUAUUAAUACUGGUAUUUUUACUUAAUCUAUAAGAUGUCAUAAAAGAAUUAAGUUUUUUUCCUUUUUCUUUCCAUUUUUUUAUAUAUAAAUAAACUUGCUUAUUGCAUUG